UCAAACCUGUGUGUAAAUGCACACAUAAGAUACAUAAUCACAACUGUAUGUAUAGCUUACAACAAGAAGCUGUCUCUCAUUAUUAACAUUGUGCUGUAGGGUUAAAUAGUAAGAAACAGAACAUAUUGCAGUCUAGUCAGCCGAAGAAGGAAGUGCGCAGGGGUGAAGCCUCUCGCUCUGCGUAUAUACUCUUUGAUAAACCAAACUUUGUGAAGUCCGGUGUGGAAGUGUGGGAUAGUCUCCCCUGCAAGCUUGUUGGGGGAUGAUUGUUUCCUCAAAUGUAUUUUUUCCCCCCCUAAUGGAUUGGACAUCAUGAAUACUUCUUGAUCACAUGACCAGCCAGGAGUAUGGGAAAAUUCCAGUCCAAACUUGCUUCGAAACGCAGACAGAGUCCGGAGGGUGGUAGUUUGGCUUCCAAUGUGCAGACCUGUCAAACGGAGCUGGAGCGAUUCCAUAUCCACAAAACCAAACUGACAGAGAACUUGUAUGUAGAAGUGAGGAAAAACCAGUCUGACCUAAACGGCAACCUUAAAGUGGUUCUGCCACCAAAGAAGACACCUGACAGAGGUAAAAGCAACCACUUCCAGGUCAAUAAACAGACAAAGAAGAGGAACAGCCAUGCUGGUGUCAACGACUGUACCAUGGGGCUUGAUGAGGACACUCAGCAGGAGUGGGUGUUCACACUGUACAACUUCAACAGCAGUGGCAAUGUCAUCAAAGAGGACAUUUCCAGUCUGAUGCACUCCAUGUAUGAGGUUCUAGAGGCAUCAUUGGAGCAGCCGUGUGGUGGCACCGCACCCUUGAAGAUAAAGCUAGUUGUUACUGCGUCUGCUGACCCAGUAAAGACCUCACAAAUAGUUGAAAAGGAGCAGAGUGCGUCUCAGGAGCCAGGAACCCCUGUAAGAAGACUUUAUUGCAUGGAUGAAAACAUGGAGCGCAGGAACCACUACCUGGAUCUAGCUGGCAUUGAAAACUAUACCUCAAAGUUUGACAAUACAGAAUCUCCCUCUCAGGAGCCCAGAGAGGAUACUCCUCAGCAUCAUCCUGUGGUGAACAUAGAGAACUGCAUCUCCCCUGAGCCUCCUAGAGGCCUCUCUAACCCUCAUUUCCUGAAGCGUAAGGCCAUGUCGGUGGGGAAAGAUAGGAAUGCAGGACAGAGAAGGUCCUGCAGGCUACACGGCCAGCACCCGGCUUCAUGGUGCCAUCCUUCUUCGCCUCAACCUCAGGCACAGCGUACUCACAGCAGAAGGCUUCGCUCCAGGGCACUAGAGGCUUCCUCACACAUAAGACCCACACAAGGGGGAGACAGGGAACUUCCAACUUCCAACCUUCAGCCCUCCUGUGGGGCUCAGGCAUCUCCAGCCCAGAGACACCAACUCUUUUGGAGGUUUGGAGGUGAAAUGCCACUCAGUAGGUCCUUGAAUCACCUCAUUUAAAUUAUAUUCAGUGUGUGUUGGAAUCAGGUUAUGGCACUGUUAUCUAAUGCAAACAAACCCUAAACGAUUACCUACUGUAGAUCCAGAAAGGCCAGUUCAUUGUUAACUGAAUGCUACUUUUAUAGCCAUUUAGAUUGACAGGUUAAUCUCAGGUAGAUUUCCACUUAAGCUUCAAAUGUAUUUAAAUGCGCUCUUUGUAGAGCUACAUGUCUGCAUUUUAACCUAAAGCAUGACUUUUGUAUAUUAACAAUGUGUUUUUUCUGUUUGGAUAAAAUAAUGUAGAAAUGGAAAUACAGAAUGUCUUUAAUGAAACUGUUUUGUUUAUUCUGUCACCUAUUUAUUUCCUGACCAAAUAUGUGUACCAUGGAACAAAGAAUAUAAUGGCAUUGAAUUAUUUCACAGUUGAUAGUUCAAGAAAGAGCCUUAGGGGACUGGAUAAGGAUUGAAAAAUCUAGUCCUGUGUGCUUGAAAUUACAAUAAAUCACUUCUCAGUUGAUAGUCGGUAUUACAAAAA